GCGCCGUGACGCCAACGCUCGGUGCGUUUGUUUGUAAUUUGAAGGUGGACACAAAAUGUUGGAGAAACUCAGCGGGACAGACGGACAGACAGCAGCAGCAUCUCCAUCUCCAUCUCCAUCUCUGCACAGAAGCAAUUAAUUGGGCGACGUUUCGGGUCGAGACCCUUCUUCAGACUGAAGCUAGCUGCCCGAGGAAAUCCGCCUCCGACAAGCGGGGCUAAUCUGCAUUUUAAUCUCCCCCACCCCAUGGCGCCAGAGUCGCGCACACGGCCAUUGGCAGAACUGCAGCACCGCUGAAGCGCAAAGAUAGAGAGGUCAAGGAAUGGUAGGGAAGUGUCGGAAAGAAACCAACUGACUCCCAUGGCUAUCUGGACUACACUUCUUCCCACUUGAUAGCGCUGCUCUAUAAUCUUUGACAGAGACGAGGCUGCAACUGAAUAUCAAACAGGGUCACGUGUGAGGAGGCGGCUUCCGAUUGGCGGGGGAGCUGUCUGUCCGAGGGGCGCGGUUACCACUCGACCAAUAGGACGCUGUCACCGGCGGCGUGGACGCGGCUCUGAUUGGUCGUGGUUAUGAGGGGGCGGGACUGUAUCCCAUUGGCCGCUGGCGCUGCCCGUCAGUGGGAGGGGGCAGGACCUGGUCGACGGUCACGUGAGGCGGGACGAUGCGUCGCCACGAACGACGGGAGGAUGGAGGCCCCGCUCAGCGCCUGGAGCUCAGGGUUUAGGAGCCAUUGCUAUGGACGGAGAGACGGGGAUGUGAGCGGCCAUUGAGGGCGGCCAGAGUGCUAGUGAGACCCCCCACCCCUCCCCAUCUGCUCGGUGUGCGACCUGAGCUUCAGUGGAGGACCACAUGACGGGGCACAAGGAGAAGCGUUAUGAGUGCGACGUGUGUGGCAAAGCCUGGCAGUACCCGAGCGAGCUGGAGGUCCACCGGCGGGUGCACACAGGAGAACGUCCCUUUGACUGCUCCGACUGCGGCAAGAGCUUUACCUGUAUGUCGGUGCUGCGGGUGCACCGGCAGGUGCACACGGAAGAACGCCCCUUUGAAUGCUCCAACUGCAGCAAGAGCUUCAAGACGGCACAUGAACUGGAGAGACACCGGCGAGUGCAUACGGGCGAGAAGCCCUAUGGCUGUUCUACCUGCGGGACGAGCUUUGCCUGGUUGUCGGGGCUGCGGGAGCACCAGUGGGUACACAUGGGCGAGAAGCCCCAUGGCUGCUCCACCUGUGGCAAGAGCUUUGGCCAGUUGUGGAGGCUGCAGGAGCACCAGCGGGUGCACAGCAGCGAGCGGCCCUUCUCCUGCUCCAUCUGCGACAAAGGCUUCAAGUCGUGCAAGACCCUGAAGGUGCACAGACGCCUGCAUACCGGGGAGCGGCCCUACAUCUGCAGCGAGUGUGGCAAGAGCUUCACCCAGUCUGGCACCCUGCUGUCCCACCAGCACACCCACACCGGGGAGCGGCCCUACACCUGCAGCGACUGCGGCAAGGGCUUCAACCAUUCCAGCAACCUGCUGGUCCACCAGCGCACCCACACCGGGGAGCGCCCCUUCACCUGCACCCAGUGCAGCAAGAGCUUCACCCAGUCCAGCAGCCUGCUGUCCCACCAGCGCACCCACACCGGCGAGCGCCCCUUCACCUGCAGCGACUGUGGCAAGGGCUUCAUCUGCUCCAAUAGCCUGCUGUCCCACCAGCGGGUGCACGACAGCGGCCGUCCCUUCUCCAGCCCGGUGUGUGGAAAACGCUUUUCCAUGGACUCCCAUGCCUUGUCUCACCAGCGCGUGCACACCAGUGGCCAGCCCUACGACUGCCCGUACUGCGGUGAGUCGCUUGACAGCUCACGGGGGUUGCGGCAGCACCUGCGGGCUCACGCCGGCGAUCAGCUGCACCCACUGCGGCAAGAGUUUCAAGAGAGCACGAGGGCUGUGGGAGAACCAGCGGAUACACACCAGAGAGAGACCCCUUGAGUGCGCUGAAUGUUGCAAGGGUUGCACCCGCAUGUCCAGCCUGUGGCAGCACCAGUGUGCCCACAGCACUGGGCGUCCCUUCCCCUGCCCAUCCUGUGUUCACGGCUUCACCCGCCUUGACCACCCGCUGGAGCACCGGCGAGUCCACACUGGCCAGCGCCCCUUCACCUGCCCGCUCAGUGGCAAGGCUUUUGCCCGCUUAUCCAGCCUGCUGGCACACCGCGACGUGGAUAGGCACUGUUUAGGUAGACACAAAAUGCUGGAAGGAAUGGGUAAUGUUUCCUUCUUCAGUAAGACCCUCUUCAGUCUCGACCCAAAACAUCACCAAUUCUUUCUCCCCAGAGAUGCUGCCUAACCAUCUCUGCACCUUCCCCAAAGUCUCCACAUCAGUCCUGUAAUGGAGUGACCAGAACUGUAGGCAAUACUCCAAAUGCUACCUGACCAAUGUCCCUUAAAACUGCACAUAUACAUUCCUCUCUUUAUCUCACACCC